UUCCGGCCUGGGCGUCCGUCCCCCUGACCCCAGGGUCUGAGUCGCCGCUGCCGCCGCUGCCACCAUCCGCGAGGCAGGAGAGAAGAGGAGGAGUACGGCGCAGCGGCCCCGGGACCGAGGAGGGACCCAGACAUGGAGCUGCGGGAAGAGGCCUGGUCUCCAGGGCCACUGGACUCUGAGGACCAGCAGAUGGCCAGUCACGAGAACCCAGUGGACAUCCUCAUCAUGGAUGAUGACGACGUCCCCAGCUGGCCUCCGACCAAGCUGUCCCCGCCCCAGUCCGCACCCCCGGCUGGCCCCCCACCCCGGCCGCGGCCGCCCGCCCCCUACAUCUGCAACGAGUGCGGCAAGAGCUUCAGCCACUGGUCGAAGCUGACGCGGCACCAGCGCACGCACACGGGCGAGCGGCCCAACGCGUGCAGCGACUGCGGCAAGACCUUCUCGCAGAGCUCGCACCUGGUGCAGCACCGGCGCAUCCACACGGGCGAGAAGCCCUACGCCUGCUCCGAGUGCGGCAAGCGCUUCAGCUGGAGCUCCAACCUCAUGCAGCACCAGCGCAUCCACACGGGCGAGAAGCCCUACACCUGCCCCGACUGCGGCCGCAGCUUCACGCAGAGCAAGAGCCUGGCCAAGCACCGGCGCUCGCACAGCGGCCUCAAGCCCUUCGUGUGCCCGCGCUGUGGCCGUGGCUUCAGCCAGCCCAAGAGCCUGGCGCGCCACUUGAGGCUGCACCCCGAGCUGUCGGGGCCCGGCGUGGCGGCCAAGGUGCUGGCGGCCAGUGUCCGCCGGGCCAAGGCGCCCGAGGAGGCGGCGGCUGCGGACGGCGAGAUCGCCAUCCCAGUGGGCGACGGCGAGGGCAUUAUUGUGGUGGGCGCGCCGGGCGAGGGGGCCACGGCGGCCGUAGCCAUGGCAGGCGCAGGGGCUAAGGCGGCGGGGCCCCGGUCGCGGCGCGCCCCGGCGCCCAAGCCCUACGUGUGCAUGGAAUGUGGGAAGGGCUUUGGGCACGGGGCGGGGCUCCUGGCUCACCAGCGGGCCCAGCACGGGGACGGGGUCGGGGCGGCGGGGGGCGAGGAGCCCGCCCACAUCUGCGUGGAGUGCGGGGAGGGCUUCGUGCAGGGCGCUGCGCUCCGGAGACACAAGAAGAUCCAUGCCGUGGGUGCGCCCUCGGUCUGCAGCAACUGCGGACAGAGCUACUACCCGGCUGGGGGGGAGGAGGAGGAGGAGGAGGAGGACGCAGCCGGCGGGCGCUGCGCCGAGUGCCGGGGCGGGGAGGGCCGGUAGGGGCGGGGAAGCCCGGGGGGGUUGGGGCGGGGCCCCUCGGGCUUGGCUGGAACGACGACGUCCGAGACCCAGAGAUGGACAGGGCGUGGGACGGACCUCAGCAUCCUCAGCCCCCUCCCCCAACGCUGUCCGCGUGGAGCACUGGGGUCUGGGGGGGUACUAGGGCACGCUCACUUCGCCUCAAGACUAUGCUAGCCCCUCCCGAGCCCCGCCCUGCAGCCGGCCUGCCUCCCUAGGCUCACGGCCGACGCCAGAGAUGCGAGAACUGUGGAGACCACAGGCGUUUCCCCUUUUCUUCCACCACCCGGUGGGGGGAGCUGUGGCAAGGAAGGGAGAGAAGUUGGACCUUUUGCAUUUAGAGGGGUCGCGGAGAGGGAAGGGAAGUAGCGGCCCUUUUCUCGUUUAGAAUUUUCUUUUAAUCAUACCCACCUUCCUGAUCCCUCCCAUCCAUUAUUUUUUUUUUGCCCUGUGGGUUCCAUCUUUUUUUUUUUUUUCCUAGCCGAAGUCGUUCUUCCCCCUCCUGGAUUUGGGUAGCGGAGGAGUGAAGCGGAACUGGCCCCUGCU